AUGUCGAUGCAAGAGUUUCAAUACCCGGCCUCCUAUCUUCAACCGCAAAAGACGGAACGCAUUCUAUCAUUUCGGGCACAAAACCAAAUGUCGACAACCAUGAAUCCGUGGGAAUCCUGCGCGCUUCAGUACCAAUUCUCCGAGGAGACUGAGCAAGCUGUGCGUGGGAAGCGUGGUGCUUGGCGACAACCGCAAGCCGCUGCCGAUCCCGUCAUGUACCCUGGACUUUACUGCCCCAGCGGAUUCGACAUGAUGAGCAUUCUCCUCCGCGUCGCUGGAAGGCCCAACCCCAAGGUUGAACUUGGCGCAAUUGACUGUUCUGUUGCUCUACUUCUUUGUGACCUCGAACAGCCCGACUGCCCGAUUGUCUACGCCUCCGAACACUUCAGCAUUCUUACCGGCUACAAAAACAGCGAAAUUCUUGGCAAGAACUGCCGCUUCCUUCAGGCGCCCGGCGGAAAGGUCAGCAAGAAAUCUGCCAGGAAGCAUAUCCCCAAGGAAACCGUCAAGAGCAUGCGCAAGGCCGUCGAGGCAAACGACGAAUUCCAGACCGACGUUGUCAAUUUCAGGAAAGACGGCACUUCCUUUGUCAACCUGCUCACCAUGAUUCCCGUCCGCUGGGACUCCCAACACUUCCGGUACUCUGUCGGCUUCCAGGUCGCACGCGAGGAUUAA